UAGCUGGCAACUGAAAAAUAUACUUAAUGAUUACCAUCAAAUAGUCCAACAGGUUCAGUUGAAUGUUACUGUUUUUCUGUUACACUAUUUUCAGUAAAUUCGACCCACGCAAUCAACAAACUCUUAUAAAGGACAAUCGUUAAAAUUUCAGGUUUCAAGAACAGCAAGCCAGGUCACAGUUGUGCUACUCUGUUCCGGCAGCAGCACCUAAAGAGCCAUAAGCAAAAGACACACGGGUGUGGCUAUAUUCCAGUAAAACUCACUUAUAAAACAAGAUAUUGAGCUGGAUUUAGCUGCUGGACUGGGGAUCUCAGGGCUUUGAUUCAAGCUGUUCAGUACAGAAGCCGCUUUGGAGAAUGAAGCACUCUCCUGAUCUAAUGAGCUUUAUGAUGGAGUUGAAGAUGAUUUUGGAAGGUGCUUUAAAGAACAGACAAGAGUUGUGUGUACAGCCACCUUCCCACAGUUUCUGCACAGACCUUCUUAAUGAGAUAGGAGCUGUUGGUUGGGAUAAACUUGUGUGUGUGGAUACUUCCUUCAGUACCAUCAAGUUGAAAGCAGACGAUGCUUCUGGUAGAAAGCACCUAAUCACUGUCAAGCUGAAGGCGAAGCACCCUGUGGAGCCACCAGACUGUGUUGUGGACUUUCCUGUUCCGUUUUCUGUUUCCUGGACCCCACAGAGCUCCUUGGUAAAUAUUUACAGUCAGUUCUUGGCGGCAUUGGAGAUGCUGAAGGCAUUUUGGGAUGUUAUGGAUGAAAUUGAUGAGAAGACCUGGGUGCUGGAACCAGAAAAACCUCCCCGGAGUGCGACAGCACGCAGGAUUGCAUUGGGGAAUAAUGUUUCCAUAAACAUAGAGGUAGACCCCAGGCAUCCGACCAUGCUUCCCGAGUUUUGCUUUCUUGGAGCUGACCAUGUGAUAAAACCCCUAGGAAUCAAGCUGAGUGGAAACAUACAUUUAUGGGAUCCAGAAAGUAGUCUGUUACAAAAUUUGAAAGAUGUUUUAGAAAUUGAUUUUCCAGCUCGUACUGUCUUGGAAGAAUCUGACUUUAGCAUGGACUGUGGAAUCUGUUACUCCCGUCACCUCAAUGGUGCCAUUCCUGAUCAAGUGUGUGAUAAUCCCCAGUGUGGACAGCCUUUCCAUCAAAUAUGCUUAUACGAGUGGCUGAGAGGGCUGAGCACCAGCAGACAGAGCUUUAACGUCUUAUUUGGUGAAUGUCCCUACUGCAGUAAGCCGAUUACCUUGAAAAUGUCUGGAAGAAAGCUGUAAAGAAAGACUGAAACACACCAUGAAGAGAUGGAAUCCUGAAAAAUUGUUAAAAAACAAAAAAAAAACCAAUUUAUUUG